AUGUCUGGCAAAGCACUUUCUAAACCAGGAAGAACUAGGGGGUCUAACACCAAAAACCUAGCACGCGCACCAGCACGUUUCGCGAGAAUCCAUCGGUUGACACAAGAGCGAUUCGACGAAUUGAAUGCUACUGGUCAAAGCUUCGAGUUUCUAGAGUGGCAAUUGAAAAAUGAAUUAAAAACCCACACGAACAUUCGGACUAACGAUGCACAAAUAUGUAAAGGCGUUUUGAGUCGCAUUCGACAAGCUCGAGAGAUUGAACUUGCGCCGGUGACUGCUUCUGGUCCCGCUUCGAAGCGAUCAAAAUUGCCCGAUGAUGCGCCUCCGGUGAAGCCGUGGGUACCGAAAAAAAUUAUCGCGUUGAAGAUUAAAGAUGGUUGUUUCACACCGACUGUAGUACCUAUUCCUGACACGCGUGUCGUGCAGCCGCUGUCGCAAGGACCUGCUCGCAUUGUAUGGACGAUCCGUAAGGGAAAUCAGGAAUCGUGUGUGACUCCGGUAGCUGAAUUACCUACAGUUAUAUCACCCACGACUUUAGAAUACGUGGGUGUAGAUCUUACACCAGAUCAAUUGUAUUAUAAUUCUUUGGCGCGUAAGGCUGGUACAAUGAACAUUAUCCAGGCAAGAAUCAAACGUGGAUUAGAGGACUUGGAUGAAGUGUUAGAGGAAGCUAUCAGGAGAGCACACUCGUUGGCCGAGAGUGAGGUUUCCAUUUUGGCUGGAAAGUUGGCUGAGCAGGGGAGAAAGAACCGCAACUUGCAACAAUAA